AUGCCCCGGCCCGGUCAAGUACUUGGUCUUGUCGGAACCAACGGUAUCGGCAAGAGUACUGCGCUCAAGAUCCUCAGCGGUAAGCUCAAGCCGAAUCUCGGUCGCUACGACAGCCCUCCCGACUGGGCGGACAUCCUCAAGUAUUUCCGUGGCUCUGAGCUCCAAAACUAUUUCACCAAAAUCCUAGAAGAUGACCUCAAGUCUGUCGUCAAGCCCCAGUAUGUCGAUCAGCUGCCUCGUGCCAUCAAGGGGCCCACGAAGGAGGUCAAGGCUCUUCUAGAAUCCCGCAGCCAGCUUGGAAACAUGCAGCAUAUUAUGGACGUCCUCGAACUCAACGGUGUACACGACCGAGAAGUUGGUAUUCUUUCUGGUGGUGAGCUUCAGCGUUUCGCUUUGGCUAUCACUUGUGUCCAGAAAGCCGACGUGUACAUGUUUGACGAGCCGUCCUCCUACCUCGAUGUCAAGCAACGUCUCGCUGCUGCUCGCACUAUACGCGAGCUUCUCACUCACAACAACUACGUCAUUGUUGUCGAGCACGACUUGUCUGUGCUUGAUUACUUGUCUGACUUCAUCUGCGUGCUCUAUGGCCGCCCUGCUGUCUACGGUGUUGUCACUCUUCCUGCCUCGGUACGUGAAGGUAUCAACAUCUUCCUCGACGGCCACAUCCCUACCGAGAACUUGCGUUUCCGCGAAGAAUCGCUCACAUUCCGAAUGACCGAAGCUGGUGAAGACUACAUUGUGGACAAGGCUCGUGGCUUCCAAUACCCCAAGAUGAAGAAGACUCUUGGUGGGUUCAGCCUCAACAUUGAAGCAGGCACGUUCACCGAUUCUGAGAUUAUUGUCAUGAUGGGUGAGAAUGGUACCGGAAAGACAACCUUCUGCAAAAUGCUCGCCGGAGCCGAGCAACCUGACGGCAACCAGAAAGUUCCCCCAAUGAACAUCAGCAUGAAGCCUCAGAAGAUCACACCCAAGUUCCAGGGUACUGUUCGUCAGCUCUUCUUCAAGCGCAUCAAGGCAGCGUUCUUGAACAACCAGUUCCAGACUGAUGUCUACAAGCCUUUGAAGAUUGACGACUUCAUUGACCAGGAAGUCCAGAAUCUUUCAGGUGGUGAACUGCAGCGUGUUGCUAUUGUUCUGGCGCUGGGUCUGCCUGCAGAUAUCUACCUUAUCGAUGAGCCCUCGGCUUACCUCGACUCCGAGCAACGUAUUGUGGCCGCCCGCGUUAUCAAGCGCUUCAUCAUGCACAACAAAAAGACUGCCUUUGUUGUUGAGCACGACUUCAUCAUGGCCACCUAUCUCGCGGACCGUGUCAUUGUCUUCGACGGUGUACCGUCCCAGGAUGCUUACGCUAAACCACCCGAGAGUCUCCUCACUGGAUGUAACCGCUUCUUGAAGAAUCUUGACGUCACAUUCCGUCGCGACCCCAACACUUACCGUCCACGAAUCAACAAGGACAAGUCGCAAUUGGACCAAGAGCAGAAGUUGGCUGGCAAUUACUUCUUCCUGGAGGAAGAAAAGAGUUGA